CCACUGCACACACUCUUUCCAUCAGAGUCCCCACCUCUCUGGAAGCUGUGAGGCUCCGUUUGGAACCCAAAGAGUAUACAGGGACCCCCAUGAAGCUCUCAGCUUUCCUGAGCCUGCUGGCCCUGGUGCUGCAGGAAGCAGGGACAGCUUCUCUCCCAAAGAAGGAGAGGAGGAGGAGAGAGGACCAGACGCACGGGGAUGGCAGUUCCAACAGAGCUCUGCACCUGGAGAACUAUGUCCUGAGCCUGGACAACUACGAUGAGGUCAUUGAUCUGAGCAACUAUGAGGAGCCCGCAGACUACGGGGACCAGCUCCCCGAGGUUAAAGGGACCAGCCUGGCUCCUUCAACCAGGAUCAGUUCCACUGAGAGCCUUUUGGGUCCAAGGACACCCUCUUUAAACCGCACAAUGACCAGGCCUACUACACUGGGCCUGCUGGGUUCCCCAACAAGCCACGGUCUACCUACCUGUCUGGUCUGUGUGUGCCUUGGUUCUUCUGUGUACUGUGAUGAUGCUGACCUACAGAACAUCCCUCCUCUUCCCAAGACAACCGCCUACCUGUACGCCCGCUUCAACCGCAUCAGCCAUAUCCGGGCUGGAGACUUCAAAGGGCUGACAAAACUGAAAAGGAUUGACCUCUCUAGCAAUUUCAUCUCCUCCAUCGAUGACGAGGCCCUCCGCCUGCUGCCUGAUCUGAAGGAUCUGAUCCUCCCAGAGAACCAGCUGGCAGCUCUGCCUGUGCUGCCUACUGGCAUCGAGGUCCUGGACGUCCGCCUGAAUCAGCUCCGGAGCUCAGGGAUACAGCCUGAAGCCUUCAGGGCGCUGGAGAAGCUGCAGUUCCUCUACCUGGCUGACAACCUGCUAGAGUCCAUCCCCGGGCCCCUGCCCCUGAGCCUGCGCGCGCUACACCUGCAGAAUAACAAGAUAGAGACCAUGCAAAGAGACGCCUUCUGCGACACUGAGAAGCAUAAACACACGCGGCGGCAGCUGGAAGACAUCCGCCUGGAUGGCAAUCCCAUCAACCUGGGCCUCUUCCCCAGCGCCUACUUCUGCCUGCCACGGCUCCCCACAGGCCGCUUUGCCUAGCUCACCCUCCCUUUCCUCCCAGAAUGCCAGGGAAGUCACGGAAGAGGAAGACGAGGAGAGAAAGAGGAGGAAAGGGGAGAAUCAGUGGUGUGCUGGAACCAGCUCUUACUAGUAGGCUUGCAAGAACCGAUUAUUAAAUUUUCCAGAAUUUUGCAAGCCAGUUGUUAAACACAGCUUUUAUUAAAAAUUAAAUUAUAUAAACUCCCAA